GUUGUCAAGGUAACAGCUUGGCGCCAAGGCACCGAGUUGACGUCAACGCAGUCAGUGUUAGGGGCCCCCAAGCAGAGUCUGGAAAAGGGGGAUGGGAUGUGGGUGUGAAGGGAUGCAGCCCCCCCCAAAAGAAAUCGGGAUGAAUCAGAAUACCUACUAAUGAUGCCCCAAUGCAAAACCUGAGAAGAGAGAGAGGGAAAAAGGACAAGCAUAUAUUUGUCUAAAAUCGGGAAAAAGGAAAAACCGAGGCAGAAACCCAUACGUUGAGGUCUAACCACGAACGAUAAAGGUGGAAGAAAGGACUUUUCUGCCUGCAUCACCCAAGCACUAAUUUCCUUAAUAAACGAAGAGCUAUUGGAAGCCAACAAGGGAAAGACAAAAGCAAACCAAAAAAGGGGGCAAAAAAGACUGCACGUCACAGGACAAUACAAAUGGCUGGAAGAAUCAUGACCUGACUGUCUGCAUAGCGAAACGCCAACCUGAGAUACCGGGUGAAGGCGGUUUAUGGCAGCGCACUGAAUCGCAUGUGGUCAUCCACCAUUGCGUGAAUCCUCUGCAUAGAAUAGCAAGAAAUUGCAAGGGGAGAAAGCGGGUAGAUUACCAAGCCUGCCUCUGAGAGAAGACAUUCCUAUGUCACCAGGAAAAAUAACGGGGAAAUCGCUGCCAUAAAGGACCUGGAUCGUCAUAGAUCCAAUGAAAUAAAACCCGUUGCUGAAGUUCGUAGAAACGAAAUGUGUACAGUGCCGUUUUCCUGAGGCUAUAUGACCUGUGAUACCAUAACAGGCUGAAGGCUCCAGCAAAUAAGAAUUCCAGCUGUUCCCUAUCAAGUCUGACACCGAAGACAUUUCCAGUGAUGUAAAACGAUGCUACCAGUUUUGACAUUGGGCUCCUGUUUUAGUGCAACCCAAGAGUCCCUAACCACCUGGAAGAACUAACAGUUCGUCCUCCUGUAAAUUCGUGCCAUUCCAAGAGGUGGUGGCUCACUUCUUUAACCCCAGAACUUGAGAGGCAAACAUAUCUCUGAGUUCCAGCCCAGUCUGGUCUACAAAGCAAGUUCCAGAACAGCCAGGAAAAACCUCAUCUCAAAGGACUUGGCUCUGCAUCUGGAAUCUGCACUCAGAAAGGCCAGCACUAACGACGACGACGACUCACCUCGUACCUGACCUGACGACGACUCAGCCUCCUGUCGUAACUGUCUCAUUUGCGUGAGAGACUAGAGGUUGACCAGAACUCCCAUUGUCUCUGCCUCACCAGUGACGAGCAGAGGCACCGGAGCCCAACCGCACAGCAUUUACUUCAUUUUACUUCUGAUUGCACGUGUUUUAUUUGUGAAGAGAGAAUGGCUCACCUAAAGAUCCACGGUUUGGUCCAGAUCCGCAGCACAAACAGGAGCAAGCAUACCAGGGCAUCUCAGUGGAAAGAAGCCGUCAUCGAGAUAGUAGAAAGAAAGCAGAAAGUUAAUCUGGUGGUUUCUUUCAAGUUGGAAGAAAGGAGAAGGGUUUUUCCACUGGGUGAUAACGUCACAGGUGUGGCGGUCAGUGGUGAGCUGGGACUGUAUCAUGUGGACUUAACUCUGAGAGAUGACACAUCCUUACUCAUUGACAAGCUAUCCUCUGAAGAUGUUGAACGUCUGAAGUCAGUCCUGGAUUCUGCUCCAUAUGAAUCUGAGCAACCCAUGGAGCCUGAGACUAGUCAGGAUGCUCUCGAAAGCAGUGAUUCAUUUUGCAGUGAGCACCAGGAGGCAGCCUGUGGAUCCCUGAAUAUCACUUCAGAAAGUGGGACACUACUCUCCCGGAAGAUACCGCUCUGUAUGUCAAACAUCACAGGCAGUCAUGCUGACAAAAAGAGAGGAGAAAAACAAGGCAGAAAGAGGAAGACAGAACCAUCAACAUCCAGUGCAGAACCGAGCAAGGACGUUCCCAAAGAAAAUACUCCUGAACAAAAGAAGAAAUCCAGGCGAUAUUAUUCCAGGAACAAAGGAGGCAAGGCAGAGAAACCUGUGACUUUGAGAGAACAAGAGAAGCGCAACAACUGGAAACUUGAACCUGCUUUCAGUUCCAAAUCCUAUGGCAAGUCUCACCUAGAUGGCACUAUUCUUCCAAUCGCGACAUGCUCUGAUGACAGAGAUGUAUCAAUAUUUGGCCUGGAGAUCAUAACACAUAACGGAGUCCAAUCUCUUUCUGAUCCUUACCUAAAUCAACUAAAACGUGAAGGCUUCCCCAAUUUGGGAAAUACUUGCUACAUGAAUUCCAUUUUACAAUCUGUCUUCGGGAUUCCAACCUUCGCAAAGGACUUACUCACUCAAGGUAUCCCUUGGGAGAAAGUUUCCUAUGAUGACCUUAUCAUGCCCUUAAGCCAGCUUCUUGUCUUGAAAGACAUUCGGGACAUAGAGAUCAAGGGAGAGUUACUCACCAGUGUGAAGAAGUCCAUCUCCACCGUCGCAGACACAUUCUCGGGCAAUGAACAGAACGAUGCCCAUGAGUUUUUAAGUCUGUGUUUGGACCAGCUGAAACUGAACAUGGAAAAAGUGAAUGCCAUGUGGGCUAGUGAGAGGAGAAACAUGUGUGCUGGGACUGCCACCAAAAGGUUUGUUUGUCCCGUUGGUGCCAAUUUUGAAUUUGAGCUGCACAGCUCCAUCAUCUGUGAAGGCUGUGGUGAGGCUACUCUGAAAACCGAAGUGAGUAACUACCUCUCCAUUGACCUGCACCACGGGACAAAAGCACACCCUCUAUCAAUUCAGAAGUCUUUUGAUCUUUUCUUUACACCGGAAAAAAUUGAGCAUAAUUGUGAUAAGUGCAAGAACAAGAAUUCUGUUCUCAAGUACACACUGAGGAGACUCCCCAGGGUCCUCAUUGUUCAUCUGAAACGCUACCAAGUUACCACUGACUUGUUGCCGGUGAAGAGUGAGCAGCCAGUUGAGAUUUCUAAGUAUUUAAAUAUAUCUUCCCAUUGCCAUGAAAACAGGAAGCUACCAUUUCCCUUGAUCAAUACACCUCCAAGUGUCUCUCAGGGUAUGAUACCCGACAUCUUCAGCCAGUCAAUGCUAUCUAAGAAGAUGACUUCAGAAUCCUGUGACCCCAUGAUUCUCCAGGUUGGAUCCAGUGUGGAUGCUGAAAUACAAAGCUUCCAGAUAAUGUAUGAGGAUGAUGAUGCAAGUGAGGACGAUGAAGAGCAGCAGAGCAGCCUGGCAAGUAGUUCUAUGCUAGAGCCAGAACUAGUGAAGACAGAAAACAGGUUACUCAGACAAAAGACAUCACCAGCAUCUGACUCAAUGAUGGCUGAAGGAUACAGCUUCCUUCCUAUGCUCUGUGAGCCUAUGAGCAUCCAAGAUCCAGGUCUUUCAGAGAUGGGUCUUCAAGAAGUUCCAGAGAAUCCAGAAUUUAAGAACUAUGAGAAAAUUAACAUAUAUGGAAAGUCAGAUGGUCGCACUGAGUUGUCAAAACUCUACCAGAGUCACGGGAGCCGAAUCAAGGGUCCGUUUCUACCGACAUCACUUGCAAGUGUUAGUUCUCCAGAAGACCCAGAGAAGGACCUGAGUAGGUCUUCAGAAUUGGAGGAAGAUGACCCACAUUCCUUUGCACUGGGUUCUGAUGAUUCAAAAGAUGUGGAGAUGGGAGAUGAUCUUCAGAAUUACAGGCUCGUCAGUGUUGUCAGCCAUUUUGGGAGCUCCCCAAAUUCAGGCCAUUACGUAAGUGAUGUGUAUGACUUUCAAAGGCAAGCCUGGCUCCUUUACAGUGAUGUCCAAGUGUUCGAGAGUUCAGAUCCCUCCAUCCAGGAGAACAGGCUAAACAGCGGAUACAUUUUCUUUUACAUGCAUAAUGAGAUUUUUGAGGAACUGUUGAAGAAGGCAUCAGAGUGCAGAGUCCUUAGCACAUCUAAAGAUGAAAAGAGGGACAUUGAUUACUUCUCAACACUGCUUAACGGCCUUACAUACAUCCUGGAAGAAUUCUAAAUCCUGCCCAUAACGAAGAAGAGUCACAUAGCUCAAGAUGAAAACUCGGCAAAGAAAAAACAAAACAACGAAUGGAUAUAUUUCAACAGAAACACAGGCCUUGCUGAUGCAGGCCAUGCACCAUUCUUUCCUUCAAGGCUAAAUGGUGCUUUUCCUGUUUUGUGGUGGUUUUAAUUUAUUCACAGAUAUUAAUAAAACUCGUCAUUUUGAGACUACCAUUUGUUCACAUAAUAGGAGAUCUGGAGAGAUGAUGCAGUAGUUGAGAGUGCCAACUGCUCUUAUAGAGGACCCAAGCUUGAUUUCCCAAUACCUAUGUUAGGUGUGAGUGCAUGGGUCCUUGGAGACUGGAGACAUAAGAUAGCCUGGAACAGGAAUCACAAGUGAUAGUAAGCUGCCUGACUUGGGUUCUGAGAACUGAACUUAGGUCUUCUGCAAGGACAGUUUCCACUUUUAAACACUAAGCCAUCUCUUGGCUUUCAUUCUAAUUUUAGUGUGUGUGCUAUCCAUAUGAGCAAAGCAUGAUGCUUUUUAAAUGUUGUUCUGAACCAGUACAACACAGCAAGGAACCAAAUAUAAGUUCAAAUGCUGAGGUUCAAUGUCAGAAACAACAUUAGUAGUUACUUAAAAGUUUGAGAAACAUUUAUUUAGUGUGUGGAGUGUCCUAUUAAAUUUUAGUGUAUAUAAAAAUCGCUCAUGUCAUCCAGAGGCUCCUCGUUGGGUUUUUCCUCCUAAAUUCAUAUACACUGUUCUUUGGUCAAUUUAUUAAAACCAUUGUUUUCCAUAUGUGUUUGUGAUUCAUCGAUGAGAUUAUAUAGCUGCCCACCACUUGGUUUUGUGCUUCUCAGAAUUACAGGGUACAUUAAAGUUACGCAGGAAAUUAAAUAGAUAGUAUUUGCAAGUUGAAAAGCACUCUAAGGACUCUGGGUGAAAACACCUGCCAUCAAUCCCCAUGACCCAAGUCCAGUGAGUUGGCCUCUGACAUCUAUCUGACAUCUAUCACAUGAGCACCCAUAAUAAAUGAAUGGAUAAAAUCUAAUUUUCUAAAGGUUUACUCAUUUACUGUGUAUAUAGUAUUCUGCCUUCUUAUAGGCCUACACACCAGAAGAUAGCACCAGAUCUUAUUAAAGAUGGUUAUGAGCCACCAUGAGGCUGUUGGGAAUUGAGCUCAGUACUUCUGGAAGAACAGCCAGUGCUCUUAACUGCUGAGCCAUCUCUCCAGUCCUUAAAAUUUAAUUUUUUGAGAUCUCACUAUGUAGUUCUGACUGGCUUGGAACUAUAUAGAUCAGGCUACCCCUAAACUUAAGAGAUUUUUACUGCCUGUGGGGUGCUGGUAUUGAAGGUCUGCACCACCAAGCUUAACACAAUGAAAAUUUUAAAGCACUUUAAAGUGCCAAAUAUACUUGUUAAGAUUUAAGUCAGGAUUGACAUGAGAAAAUGGGGUGGUUCAAGGUAGAGGACAAGGGCUACAUUGUCCUGCAGGUGAAAGCUUCAUUAGAAAAUAGUAUUACUAACAGCAUGGUGGGGUUCUAAAGAGAGAACUUUCAACCCAUAAGACAAAGCAAGGUUCCCCUUAAUUUCUAAAGAAGCCUCAUGUUAUAAAGCAGUUAAAAAGUAGUGCUUUAUCAUGUUUCCCCCUGAUUCAGGGCUGUGAGGGGAAGGCAACAAUAGGCUGGUGUUACUGUCAGUGUGUAGCCGGAUCUGAGACACCAACACCACAUUUAAUAGUGUUUCAAACAUGAAAAAAAUAGUACAGAGCCACUUCCAAGGGUCUAGGGAGAUAGUUCAAUAGAUAAGAGUCAUGCACAAGCAUGGGGACUUGAGUUCAAAUCUCUAGCCCCCACUUAAGCUGGUCAUGGCCAUCUAUGCCUGUGACUGUAGCACUGGACAGCAAAGGCAGAUUCCAGAGCUCCCUAGCCAACCAGCAGCCACAAUGGUAAGAGUAUGGCUCAGUGACACUGUAUUUAAAGAUGGAAAGAGAGAGAAGAAAGCACUAGGUGUCUUCUGGUCUUCACAUGUGCAUGCGCCUGUGUGCAAACAAUCGUACAAGUGUUAUUUUCCCAAUUCCUCUAUGAGCCUGGAAAAACGGUUAAGAUUGCCUUCUACUCUUUCAGAGGCCCCAGGUUCAAUUCCCAGUAUCCACGUGGGUUCACACCAUCUGUAACUUCAGUUCCAGAGGAUCAAAUGACCUCUUCUGGCUUUGUAGUAUGCAGAAAAAAACACCUACAUGUAUUGAAAACAUUGCUUAACUUUACCUUCAAAGGGGUAUCAUAUGUUCAUAGCCUUAUAGUAGCUUCUAUUAUAAGGAAACAGUUGUCUGAGUCCAAACAGCUCAAGAACAACUCCAUCUUGCAGGCAGGGUCAUACAUACUAAGCUCAUAUUCCCAGGUCCAGGAACCUACUCCUAACCUGUUUGGUGAAAACUCCCUUGCUCAACCCCUUGUGUCAAAGUAUGGUAGAGUAAUGCUACAACCUACCUUGUGCCCCUCAGUUUGUGGUCUUGUCCUUUAAAUGAAUAUGUUGUACAAUUUCUCUCCUGGUCGCAGUUCAGCUUCCGAGUCUGUUGUUUGGCUGUGAUUGAUCAGUAGUGGCUUAAUUACAAUAAAUGUUUUCAUCUGCAUUG